CUCACUCAUGACACAGUAGUAUGCUUAUGUCAACCAAAAACAAGCAAUAAAUUGUAUGAAAACAAGUGUGUGAAAACUAAACCCCAGUGAAACUCUAAGCAUCGCAAAAGAGCAGGAAAUAUUAUCUCUUUUUUGCGAUAACUGUAGCAGAGUCCAGGAAACGUGAGUUUCCCAAAUUCUGUCUGAACUCUUCCGAAACUUCAACCGUCGAACGGGCAGUGGCAGUUGGAGAUUUGAGAUGGUGACACUAUAGAAUCUUACCACGAUGGAUCCAGGCAAGAUUUUCCAGAUAAUAACCAACAGUACCCUUCUAGCGACGCGAUUACUCUCGGAACCCGGCAGAGGUUUUGUGGAAUUCAGCCAAUCACGUUACUGUGCCGUGGUGAAUGAAGCCACGCCCAUUUCUGGUGACGUCAUCACAGUAUCUGCUAUUCACAGCAAAAAUGGACCGAUCCUGCGGUAUAGCAUCUUGGAAGGGAACGAAGAAGGACUCUUCAAAAUUGAUGAAGUCACUGGCGUCAUCUCCCUGGCAGACUCACUGGACUUCGAAAGGAGAGAUAAGCACGAGUUGGUGGUCUCUGCGGAAACGGCAGAAGGGGUGACCGGCAGCGCCAAAGUUCGGGUCGUGGUCGAGGAUGCCAACGAUUCGCCGCCCGUUUUCCUCAGGUCGAAUCCAGUGGUCACCGUCAUCGAGGACGACGAUCGACAUCUCCCAGCCGUCAUAGCUCAGGUCACUGCGAUGGACCUCGAUGCUUUGGAUGAAGAUGGCCUCAUUUACAGGGUCGCGGGAGAUGGCAUAGACGGGUACCCGCCGGAUGAAGCCUUUUUCACCAUCAACAAAGAUACGGGUGACCUCAUCCAGCUCAAGGCGCUGGAUCGAGACCCACCUCAUGGAAAAGGCGUCUGGAAGCUCAGGGUUGAGGUGGCAGACGGUCAAGCGCAGAAGAGACACCAGGAAAAGAAUAACGGCGUUUUCGACAUUGAGCGCGGGAGUGAGACCGCAACCCAACCGCACUGGAAAUAUUUCACGAAGGAAGACGACUUCAUAAACUCCUCGACAGGACCAGACGUCCUCGAUGAGGAUAACGCCAUUUUAGGAGAGCGUUUCACAGACAAGAGAAAUGGGAAGGGGCCGAGAACAGCAGGUGAAGGGUUAAGAGACGCAGGCAGCAGCAGCAACGUCCGGGGCUGGAAAAUAACAGGGAGGCGGCGUAAGGAAUCUCCCGACGAAGAAAACGAAGAAGAGGAAGAAGAACAGGGAAGAACAAGCUUAGAAGCAGCCAAAGAAAACGCAAUAUGGGACCACAGACAGAAACGACACAGCGACUCCCAGGUCACGGAAAACGACGAAACUUUCGUUUCCCGAAACAAAGGAGACAAUUCUGACAGAAGUCCAGACAGGGUUCCAUGGGAAGUAUCAGAGAGGUUCACAGAUAAGACCAACAGACGUUUGUUCAUAAAAAGGAGUUAUUGGAAGGAGGUAAAAGGUGACCCCGAGCCGCGCAAAAACUUCCUAUAUCCCAACUCGUACCAAAUCUGGCAAAACAUCGAGGGCGAUCGGCAUCAAAAGAAACAAGUGGUUACGAGAGAAGCCCAGAGGCAAUUCUGGGUAUCAGCGGACAAUCGACGAUAUCCCGGGAGAUACCAGACGGCAGAUGACCCGUGUUCCAGAAAUGGCCGCAAGAGGAAAUGCCGAUAUCGAUAUAAAAAGGGCCCAGGGGCCUGGAUCAGACAUAACGGCUCAGAAAAUGAUAGAAUUUUGUCAGGGGAUAUUAUAAGGGAAGAAAACGAGUUGAACGAAGAAAACAAAACCAUACGAAUAACGCGCGUCAGAAGAAAAGCCAACGAGAGAAGACGACGAGAUAGCUUACUGGAACAUGAUUGGACAGAUGAAGGGGGAAUAACGAACCGUCAGAAAUGGGGGAAAUAUAAGCGAGCACCACUCGCCAGGGCGCAAACCCAGGGAAAAUCUUUCCCGGAAGGGAAAUUGGGUGCCGAAAAUUAUAUUCUGACCUGGGGAGUUCUGAGAGGCGUGUCGGAGAAAGAACCUCGACAUUUGCAGGGAUCCAGGCUGAAACGAAUGAGAUCCAGGGAAACUCAAAAAGCUUUAGGGAAAAAUCAGGUGAGGUCAUUAAGACAUUUCACUGCGAGUUCUUUGGAAGCCUCCGUGAAUGAGGGAGAUGAUGACGAUGAACUCGGUGAUGUUGAUGAAGGCAGUGGGAGGGAAUUGGCAAUGGUGACCUUGACACGUGGCGAAGGGAGAGACGGUGAACCCUCUGCUUUUCUUGGUGUAAAAUCUGGGAAACUACAUGGCGAGGCCGGCGGAAAGAAUGAUUCUCUAAAAGCAAGAAUAAUAAAUAGAAAGUCAGAAAACGCCCGGAAAAGGAAGGAGAGCCGAAAGAGGAGAAACAUAAGUUACCACAUGACAAGAAGAGGAGACGGAGGCAAUUCUAGAAGCCGCCCAAAAACGAGCAGCAUUACACAAAGACCGAGAUCGCAUUUCAGAAGUGAAAGGUCAAACGCGAGGAUUUCAUUCAAGGAAAGAGAAGACAAGAUGAAUGACCAGAAAAAGAGGAAGAGGGAGAGGAACGAAUUUUAUCUAGAUCACAAGACGAAAAUCAGCUCUAAGCGAAAUGAGGACUCGAGAAAGCAGGAAUCAAGCAACCGCACCCUCUUUUGGGAAGAAGGGGAAAUGCCAGAGCGGAAGAUAAAAUCUAGCUUCCAGGGCGAGUUAAAUACCGUAGGGAGAACAAGCGACGAAAAUCCCCUGGACUCUGCUAUUCAAACAUUUCAGAAGACUCAGGUGGCAGAGAAAUUACACAACGUCAGGCACAACGACGUAAAAAGAGUCAGUAAGAGAAGGGCUAUGUUGAAGAGAGGGUACGGUGAAAACAGAAUCCCCGCCAAAUCUUUAGGGGUCACUAAGCUACCCCAUAUCGGUAACUAUGGUUUUCCCGUAAUACCACACGAUGGAGAUGGGGACAAGGAGAGGGAAACGAAGGGACAUGGUUCUUAUUUCCAUGUGCUCCAUCUCAUGGGACAUACUGACUUCAGUCUAAACCAAAAGACUGCAGCGAAAAGAAACAAAAAUAUCCAUUUAUCUAGACAGAGGAUGGAUGGUGACAAAGAUGAAUCUCUUGACAGACUCUCUGAAAAACCUACAUAUACUGACAUAUAUGAUGAUACGAUAAAAUUAAAUAAAACUCUAUCAAACCUGACAUGCGUCAACAAACAGAAGAACUAUGCAGAUAUUUGCAAUCAUUCAAAUGUUCAGUUCACAAAUAGCUGGACGGCAAUAGUCCGCCGAGAUCCAAAUCUCGAACAAACAAAACUCCCCAAAUCCGAUGACAUACAAAACGCCAGAGGAACCAACUUCCCUUUCCACAUUCUUCCAGCAAAAAGUAACGAGAAGAUAGAAAGAGUGAACAGACAACACAAGUCUCUUUCAGAGGAGCCGGAACAAAGGAUAUCUCGUGAGACGAAAGGGUCCCUCAAAAACCCCAAGUCUCUGGUUUUCCCCCGUUCGAAAGAGAUAAACCAUUUUCGUAGAAGCUUCAAUUCCUCGAUGGACAGUUCAUCGCAUCCUAAAACUAAGAAAGAACAAGGAACUUUCGAAGGACCGGCGAGCUCCUCUAAAAAGACCAGAAAACCCCGACGACGAGAACUCCAUCAAAACGGCAAUGAUGAGAGCUGCACCAGGGCGGAAAAUGGUAAUUCCGGAAUCGGCCCAGGCCGCGUUCACAAAGUGACAACAACAGUAACUAUAAUCGUGAAAGACAUAAAUGACAAUGCGCCCGUUUUUCCCGAGAGCGUUAUAACGGGAGAAGUUGAAGAGAAUGGCCAGCUUGGCCUUUCCGUGGCGCGCAUAUCCGCCUGGGAUGCCGACGACAGGACCGAAGGGUUAAAUGGCAGAAUAACGUAUGCCAUUGAGAAGAACGUCAUCGAUGAGGACACAGGAAGAGCCAUUUUCAACGUCGACCCUAAGACGGGUGUCAUAAGGACAGCCCUUUGCUGCUUGGACCGAGAAACGACGCCCGAGUAUCAGAUUCAAGUCGUCGCCACAGAUGGAGGAGGACUCAAAGGUACGGGGACGGUGGUCAUCCGCAUAGGAGACGAGAACGACAAUUCGCCCGAGUUUCCGAGCGAGCGCUUCGAGCUGGAAGUGGACGAGACUUGGGGCAACGGCGACCCCGACCCCGUCACGCCCAUCAUGGAGGUGACCUGCUUUGACCCGGACGUCCGAAACGACUUUCUUUACAGGAUCAUGGAACGAAGUGGAUGGGGCUGGGAUUACUUCGACGUGAGAUCAGAAGGCCGAAUAGGCCAGCUCUACGCCCGGAAGCCUCUCGAUUAUGAAAACCCUUCGCAUCGUCGUGAGCUCGCCUUCAAAUUACAAGUAACUGAUCGGGGAGAAGAUGGCUGGUUGGAUCCUACCCACGUGGACACAGCAUGGGUAAUAGUGCAAAUAAAAGACGUGAAUGAUAAUGCCCCAGUCUUUGAAACCACUCAUGCCCAGAUAUCCGUCAGGGAAGAUGUCCCACAAGGAACUAUACUGGCAACGUUUCGUGCUCAUGAUCCUGAUAUGGGCGGCAAAGGCGUGGUAGAUUACAAGAUCAUCGACUACUCGGACUUUUUGGAGGUGGACGACGAAGGCGUCGUCCGGAUCAAAACCGAGUCCUUCGACCGAGAGGCCCUGGAGGAUGAGGCGCCCGUCAUCCGCAUCGUGGCCGUGGAUCGAGGUCAACCGCCCUUGACAUCCACAGCCAGCUUGAGUCUCUCCGUCAUGGACAUGAAUGACUCCCCUCCCUACAUCCUCCCGCCCACCGUCUUCCACGUACUAGAGGGCGUGCCGCCUGCGAAACUAGGUCUCCUGAAGGCGUAUGACGAGGAUUCAUGGGCGUUAGGGAAUGGUCCACCCUUCAAUAUUUCUCUGGCGCCCUCAAAUCAAGAUUAUAUCUACGAAUUCGUCGAGUUAAGAUUCGACAAAAAACUAGACAGCGGCAGAGGAGCAGCGACGCUGUGGACGAGGAAACCAGUAGACCGAGAAAAGCAUCACCAGUUGGAUGUCCGGGUGAUCCUGACGGAUGCUCGAGGGUUGGCGAACGAACAGACCGUCACAGUGGUGGUGGAUGACGUCAACGACAACCCUAUGAAGCCCGGAAAGAAGACCAUCUACCUCUACAAAAUUCAGGGCAGAGGAGGGAGCGUGAACGUGCCCUUGGGCAGGGUCUACGUGGAUGACCCCGACGACUGGGACCUGAAGGACAAGACCUUCAAGUGGGCGACGUCAGCCCAUCCUCUUUUCACCCUUGACCAGCAGGAGGGCACAAUCUAUGCCUCUAGCCUGGUCAGAGAGGGAAGGUAUCUCCUGCAAUUUUCUGUAAGUGACCGAGUUUCGAGACAGAGGGGCGUAUCUGCCAACGUAACUGUCAUAGCGAAGACUCUGAACAUAAACUCUGUUGAACGCGGCUCCCAUCACUCUCUUUCCCGCCACUCCGGACAAAAUCACGAAGGACUGGAAUCCUGCGGGUGA